UCAUCUUCCUCAUAAGUUUCUCCUUCGUUACUGAGUCCUCGGCCCUACGUUUCUCUUUGCUGCUGGCUAUUGGCACUCUCCCGUUCCUGCAUCUUUCUUCUCUAUGGUUGGUGUGACCCCGAUUCGUCUCUCACCAUCCUCAACCAGUUUUCUUUAUCCUCAUACGGUUCGUGUUUAUGGAUCGUUUCUUGGAUUAUCCGAUCUCUCUCUCUGUCGGAAAACUGUGCAUCAAUGUUACCUACUUUCGUCGACAUUUUUGGUCUCAAAGAUCCCGUCGGAACAGUAUUCCUAUCAUCAUCGUGUUUUCUUUGAUUUGUUUCCUUUUGUUAAAAAUAUCAUUCUAAUUUACUAAUUUUUAUACUCUAAUCUCUUAGUAGACGAAGAUGUAUGAGAAAUCAAUCCAGAAUGGAGCUGGUUCUGGAUCUGUUGCAACCGGGUUCCACUGAAAAUCGAGAGUGCGUUUGAAGAUUUGGAAGAAAGCUAAGUUACAUAAUUUUUCGUCUGAGCUAUUUGUGUAGAAACUAUGUUCAAUUGUGAUGAGUUUUUUUUAUUCUUCUUACCAGCUAUUUUGGGUCAAUUGUUUUCUUUGUGAGUGCUUUGAGGUAGUGAUUGAGAGAACGGAUUCAAGUGGGAAGCAUGCAAGGGAGUAUACUGUUUAUAUAGGGGGUGUUGGUUCAGUAUACUUGUUUUCAUUUGUAGGGUUUUUUGCGUGUUUGGUCCCAGGAAAAUGAUGUGCUUGAAAUCUAUGCUCAUAAGAAUCAAACUAGGAUGUCAACAUUUCUUCAAUUGAAAUAUCUCCAAGCGGUGUUGUUGUUGGGAACUCUACUAUAUUUAAAAUAUAACCAUUUGAAAAAGGGAUAUUGUUAUCUAUGUUCAUUUCUGUUUCAGGUUUAAAACGAAAUUAUUGACCACAAAACAAGUGAUUUGUUUAUUUUCAAUUAGUCUGGGUUGGUUUGACAUUUAUCUUUUUUUUUUUGUGUGUAAUUUGUACUUUCUUUUUCAGCUCUCUUGGAGUUUCAGCUGAACUCUUGGGUAUCAUUGAUAAAAUUUUGUAGCUUUUAUUUUAUUUUUAUUUGGGUGAAUCUUCCUCAUAUGUUCUAUCUCACUACUCAUAUUGGUGGGGAACAGUAUAUCUACAUAGUCAAAGAUAUCAUGAAUCAAUAGGUAUGGUUGGUUUAUAGAUAAUAGAUAGAUAGGUAGAUGUAUGUAGAUUCAUAGAUAGGUUGAUAUUACAUAGCUAUAUAUAGAGGUAUGAGUAUAUGUUAUUUAAUUAGGUAUGGGAACAUUGAAAGUCAUAUGUCAAUCAAUCAAUCAAUCUAUGCAAGGACUUCAACAUAAACGUGUUCUACAAGCUUUGCAUUACAGGGUUGCCCGUUUCUCUACUAUAAGUAGUGAUGAGGUGAUGGAGUAUUGUGCUGAUCUCUCAGAAGCUAUCAUUUGUUCCUUACUUGGUUCUCUUCUUUUGCAUUCCCUUUCAUUGAGAUAAGACUCAGAUCCAACACACUUUUUUCUUGCCAAGCUUUUGCUUUCUGUUUUUAUUAUCUACAUUCUUUCAUCUCUGCUAUUUUUAUAAAAUGAGUCUUGCUAUUGAUGCUAUUAGAAAAAUCUCUCCAUGGAAGGAAAGUUGGACUAUUGAGGCUAAGAUCUUGACCAUUUGGGAAGAUGCUACCAUUGUUAAUCAAAAUGUGCAGAAACUCUUACACAUGGUCUUGAUGGAUAAGCAGCACCACAAAAUCCAAGCAACUAUUGAGGAUGAUUUGAUUUCAACUUUUAUUGAUCGGUUAAAAGAAGGAGAAGUAUUCAUUAUUUCCGACUUCAAAGUGAUACCCAAUCUUGGAUUGGUCAGGGUUACAAGACAUCGUUUUUGCAUCCUUUUCAAGUGUAGUACUUUGUUGUUGCUGCUUCAAGUACAGUCAUACCCAACCCUGGUUUAAGUGUAACUUCUAUGGACCAGAUUCUUCAGAAGUGCAUUGAUUAUGAGUACUUAAUAGAUUUUAUUGGGGUGCUUUGUGGAUUGAAAAAGAGAAGGGAUGUUGAGUGUAAUGGAAAGAUAUUGAAAGUUCUGACCAUUGAAGUUUUUGCUGAUGGGAAGAAAAUCUCCUGCAAUUUUGUUGGUGAUUCUCCUGCUCUUUUAGAGAUGAAUACUUUGAAAAGGUACCAAAGACCACCUGUUGUAAUUCUGCAAUCUUUCAAGAUCAAAGUCAAUGGAGAUAAAGUCAGUCUCCAAAAUGUGAUCAAUAUUUCCCGAGUUUUGAUCAACCCUGAUAUGCAGGAAACUGUGAAUUUUCUGAAUCAAUAUGGUAUUGGGAGCCACCAUUUCAGUAGACUCUGUAGUAAUGAGGUUGGGGAUUUGGUAUGUGUAAUGGAUGAUGAAUCUUUUGAUUGGAAGCUAUUUACGCACUAUUGAUAAUCUUAAGGCCAACAAUGAGGAUGGACAAUACUUUGUGGUUGAAAAAAUUAAGGAGAUUGUUGAAGAUCCGGAGUGGUGGUUUUUUUCUUGUGUUUGCGGUCAUCCUAUUGUAGGUGAUGACAAUGUGUUCUAUUGUCAGCUGUGCAGCAGAGAGAUUCAGCAUUUUAUGAUAAGGUAAAUCUAGGUUAUGAUUUACAAAUUUACUUUCAUGUGUUCUGAUUCAAUGAUAUAAGUUGCCUUCAUGUAUCAGCCUCUUCUAGGACUGAAAAAUAGGUGAAUCUGAUAUUUACCUUCUUUAUUAUAGUUACAGGAUUAAGAUACUUGUUGAAGACGGUACUU